CCCCGCGCUCCGCCGGCCCCGCCCAGUCCCGCUGCGGGCUCCGAGCGGAGCGCGCCGAGCACUGGGAGCGAGCGGCUUGGGGGGAUCCCGCGGCGGCCGGGCUCGCGCGGCGCCUUCGCUCCCCCUCCCCUCGGCCCUCGGGCCGCGCGGCCUGCGCCGCUCCGGGAAGAUGGCGCUGCACUUUCAGAGUUUGGCUGAGUUGGAAGUGCUGUGUACUCAUCUCUACGUAGGGACCGAUCUCACUGAAAGAAUAGAGGCUGAGAAAGCACUCUUGGAACUGAUUGACAGCCCAGAAUGUCUCAGCAAGUGUCAACUUUUACUAGAACAAGGAACAACAUCCUAUGCUCAGCUCCUUGCAGCAACAUGUCUUUCAAAACUUGUUACCCGAAUCAAUCCUUUACCUAUUGAACAGAGGAUAGACAUCAGAAACUACAUCCUGAAUUAUGUGGCGUCCCAACCUAAGCUGGCGCCCUUUGUCAUCCAAGCUCUGAUUCAAGUCAUCGCUAAACUCACCAAGUUGGGGUGGUUUGAGGUGCAGAAGGAUGAGUUUGUUUUCCGAGAAAUCAUUGCUGAUGUGAAGAAGUUCCUCCAGGGCACGGUGGAACACUGCAUAAUAGGAGUGAUAAUCCUUUGUGAAUUGACACAGGAAAUGAACUUGGUUGAUUAUUCCAGACCUUCAGCAAAACAUAGGAAAAUAGCUACCUCAUUCCGUGACACUUCUCUAAAAGACAUUCUGGUGUUAGCGUGUUCUCUCCUGAAACAGGUGUUGGCCAAACCUUUAAAUCUUCAGGAUCAAGAUCAACAGAGUCUGGUAAUGCAGGUCUUAAAGCUGGUCCUCAGCUGCCUGAACUUUGACUUCCUGGGCAGUUCAGCAGACGAAUCUGCGGACGAUCUUUGCACAGUGCAGAUUCCAACAACCUGGAGAACAAUUUUCCUAGAGCCAGAAACAUUGGAUCUUUUCUUCAAUUUGUAUCACUCGCUCCCACCACUGCUGUCUCAGUUAGCACUUUCGUGCUUAGUUCAGUUUGCUUCUACAAGAAGAUCCUUAUUUAGCAGUCCUGAGCGCGCCAAGUACCUUGGUAACUUAAUUAAAGGGGUGAAAAGGAUACUUGAAAACCCCCAGGGUUUGUCUGAUCCUGGCAAUUAUCAUGAAUUCUGUCGAUUUUUGGCUCGUUUAAAGACAAACUAUCAGCUGGGAGAGUUAGUUUUGGUGAAGGAGUAUGCGGAAGUGAUUGGAUUAAUUGCCAAUUUUACUAUUACUAGCCUUCAGCAUUGGGAGUUUGCCCCCAACAGUGUUCAUUACUUAUUAACUCUGUGGCAGAGGAUGGUAGCAUCCGUUCCUUUUGUGAAGUCAGCUGAACCCCACUUGUUAGACACUUAUGCACCUGAAAUCACAAAGGCCUUUAUCACGUCCCGUUUGGAAUCUGUUGCCAUUGUUGUGAGAGAUAAUUUAGAAGACCCUCUGGAUGACACUGCUACCGUGUUCCAGCAGCUGGAGCAGCUGUGUACAGUUAGCAGAUGUGAAUAUGAAAAGACGUGUACUCUUCUUGUACAGCUAUUUGACCAAAAUGCACAGAACUAUCAAAAGCUUCUGCAUGCUGCUCCGGGGCUGGCUGUUGACAUGGCGAUUCAAGAAGGACGUCUUGCAUGGCUGAUCUACUUGGUUGGCACAGUUGUAGGAGGGAGACUAACAUAUACCAGCACAGAUGAGCAUGAUGCUAUGGAUGGAGAACUAUCCUGCCGUGUUUUUCAGCUUAUAUCUUUAAUGGAUACCAGAUUACCUCACUGCACCAAUGAGAAAAUAGAGCUUGCAGUUCUCUGGUUCCUGGAUCAGUUUCGUAAAACAUAUGUUGGUGAUCAGCUUCAAAGAACCUCAAAGGUUGUACGCCCGAAGAAUGAUGUUUCCAGAGUUCCAGAGAAGGCUUGGAAAAUAGUUAAGGUGUAUGCUCGUAUGUCAGAAGUCUUAGGAAUAACAGAUGAUAACCAUGUUCUGGAAACAUUCAUGACGAAAAUUGUUACAAACCUGAAGUACUGGGGAAGAUGUGAGCCUGUAAUCUCCAGGACGCUUCAGUUCCUCAGUGACCUGUCAGUUGGCUAUAUCCUUUUAAAAAAACUUGUGAAAAUAGAUGCUGUGAAAUUCAUGCUGAAAAAUCACACGAGUGAACACUUCCCGUUUCUUGGCAUCAGUGAAACUUACAAUGUGGGUGACUUCAGGUGCCGGACAACCUUCUACACAGCCCUCACUCGCCUUCUGAUGGUAGACCUGGGUGAAGAUGAGGAUGAAUUUGAGAAUUUUAUGCUGCCUCUCACAGUCUCUUUUGAAACAGUGUUACAAAUAUUCAACAAUAACUUUAAACAGGAAGAAGUAAAGCGUAUGUUGAUCGGGCUGGCAAGAGAUCUUCGAGGGAUUGCCUUUGCACUGAACACAAAGACCAGCUACACCAUGCUGUUUGACUGGAUAUACCCAGCCUAUCUCCCAGUUCUUCAGAGAGCUAUUGAACGGUGGUAUGGAGAACCCGCAUGUACUACUCCAAUCUUAAAACUCUUGGCAGAACUGAUGCAAAACAGGUCUCAGCGUUUGAAUUUUGAUGUAUCCUCUCCUAAUGGAAUUCUUCUCUUCAGAGAAGCCAGCAAAAUGAUUUGCACCUACGGAAAUCAGAUCCUGUCUCUUGGAAGUCUCUCCAAAGAUAAGAUUUAUCCAAUGAAACUCAAGGGCAUCUCCAUCUGCUACUCAGCUCUCAAGUCUGCAUUGUGUGGAAAUUAUGUCAGCUUUGGCGUCUUCAAGUUGUAUGGGGACAACCAUUUUGACAAUGUACUCCAGGCCUUUGUCAAAAUGCUGCUUUCAGUGUCUCACAGUGACUUGCUGCAAUACCGGAAGCUGAGCCAGUCUUACUAUCCACUGCUGGAAUGUCUCACCCAGGACCACAUGAGCUUCAUCACCAACUUGGAGCCUCCUGUGCUCCUGUACGUUCUCACAUCUCUCUCAGAGGGACUCACCACACUUGACACAGUGGUCUCCUCCAGCUGCUGUACAAGUUUAGACUACAUGGUCACCUAUCUCUUCAAGCACAUAGCAAAAGAAGGGAAGAAGCCACUUCGAAGCAGAGAGGCUAUGCAGGCUGGUCAGAGACUGUUACAUUUUAUGCAACAAAACCCAGAUGUUCUGCAGCAGUUUUCCUGAACAGUGGAGAGUGCACAGGCUGACUUCAAGGUUACCCACCCAUUAAAAUCCCAGUGCUGCUGAGGUCACUGCAGAAUUCCCAGAGGGUGGUUCCUUUGAGGCCAAGAAGAGUGGCGCAGAAGACCUCAGUCUCCUCCCUGGGCCCUGGGCAGCACCUGCUGAAGAGAGCUUGAAGGACCUGGCUGCUGGAACAGCCCUGCUGCUCCUGCUCCUUGCAGACAGCCUGCUAGGAGGUGUCCAGUCCUGAGAGUGUAAGGAGCAGUUGUUCUGCAGACAUUAGGGAGUGCAGUGUUCCCACACAUUUGUCAUAUGUCAUAGUGCUGCAGUUCCCUUGUGUUCAGCUGUGGUUUCUAACUGGCUAACACUGGCCAAGUCCAAGUUUAUGAUUGUUUUAAAUAGGUCACUUCCACCAAUCUGAGAAACUACAUACAGAAGAAAUGAAAUGCCAAGAAUAUUCCAAAAAGAAUAAAGCCAUUUUGCAGAUAUACCAUCACUACGAUUGAUGUUUCUACUUCUACAGAAUUUAGGAAAUGUCUGGUACACUGUUUUCAGCUUUCUUUUGUCACAGGUAUAUCCAUAAUAGUCUGAUUUGCAGAAGUAAAUACUUCAACUGAUUCUAUUGUCAUUAGUGAGCAACGUCAUCUUAGUCUGCACACUAAAUCACUGCACACGGACAUGAUGAAACAAGAGUAGGAAGCCCCAGAAGAGGCUUCCUUCCGACUGUAAUGGCUUUGCUAGUACUUAAAUGAAAUUAGGAAAGUCUUAUCUGUGGUGACGUUUCAACUGACUAACUGCUUUCCAAGGACAGAUGACAAGAGUGUAAUUCAUUCAUACUUUGAGAAACUAGACAAGCGCUAAUUACUGCAGGCCCAUUAUUAUUUGCUGUGUCCCUGAAACUAUUCAACUACUUGAUAAUGUUUGAAAAAAUGAGUAGACUAGAAUUCAUUGAAGAUCUGGUCAGUGCAAUUUCUAGCUUCUCCAUGGGUAACUGUUACUCAUGAUGGCAUGCUCUAAGUCAGUGAAGCUCAGCCUUCUCUCUGGAGAGCGAGCACAUGAGGGCUCUAGUGUACUCCAGCCUGUACCAGUGGUGACUGGCUCUGCAUGGGACUAGAGGUGUGGGGCUCUUCAGGAUCUGAGUGAUAUGCUUCAUUUAAUGUGUACAAGAUGCAAAAACAAGUAAGAUUUAUAAAGAUGAAAUUAAUCAACCAGUUCUAUUAACAUAGAAAUGAUAGAAACUCACACAGAAGGGGAGGACUAUGAAAGAAGUCUUUUUUUUUUGAAGAUUUAUUCCUUUAUUAUAUGUAAGUACAUCGUAGCUGUCUUCAGACACACUAGAAGAGGGCAUCAAAUCUCAUUAUGGAUGGUUGUGAGCCACCAUGUGGUUGUGAGGAUUUGAACUCAGGACCUCCCAAAGAACAGUCAGUGCUUUUAAUCACUGAGCCAUCUCUCCAGCCCAACAGAAGUCUUAUUUAACUCCAGAAUUGCCUAGAAAUGUGACUGUCAUGGUCCCCAGUUUUACAGAUCAAUACACUGGGUGUCUGAGGAUUCACCAGAAAGUAAAGGAAUUGGAAUUUGAACCCAGGUCCGUUUAGUUCCAAAGCUCACAUCCUCAUAGCUCACACCACUGAGUCAGGGCAUGUCAGAGUUAUCCAGAUGGCUGCCUGCGCAAAACACACAUCCCUGUCAUGGUGAGGAUGCACUUCUCCCACACUGCUACCUGCAAGGCACUACUGUGCAGGUACAGACAGGAGUCUACCGGCUUAGUGAGAGAAUAGACGGGUACAAAUACCCAAGGGUACGCUAGAAUCAGGCCCAGCCUACCAUGACAAAGGACAAGUCCACAACCGAGUGAGUCACUCCUGUGCGAAGUCAGCCAUCCAGUGUUGUCCCUUUAGCUAUGGCCAGGCACUUCAAAGUUGGUUGAAAAUUUUAGCAAAAAUCAAUAGGUUGCAAACAAGUAAGAUGGCUGUGCAGGAGAUCAGCCAGUGCGCCCUUACUCAGAAUCGCCAUGCAUUUGUUGGUUUAAGUAAUUUCUGUGUGUUAAUAAGACUUGGUAACCUUUCACUUUACAGCACAUGACUAAGUAGUGAUAUAUCUUUAUUAAGCAGUGGAAUACAUUCUAUUUAUUUGGGAUGUAAGCUUUCAGAUAACACUUUAAAUAUUAAUGACUGGUCUCUGGUAGUCAGCAUAAAUAUGAUUUGCAUUAGCACUAGGUUAUAUCAUCUUGAGUGCCUCUGAUGUCAACUAUUGGGUAUACUAAUAUCUGACAUCAUCUCCGUAGGUCACUGACAACUUUGACCUCUAUUCUUAUGCACAGUUUCUGUCAUCUCAAAAGCUCUUUUGAAUUGAUUUGAAAUUUUGACUCUUCCCUUUAUGAGGCAGUAAAAUUGAUAAUUAUUCAGAUGGGAACUGAGCACUGAGUGAAAAAUCAAUUCCACCCGCUCUCUGCUGCGUAUAAAAUUACUUCUGAGUCUGCUGGACUGAACGGAUGGCCAGAGUAAAAGCAGCAGGCAGGAGUAGUGGGAAGAAUUAGCUGGACAGAGCUAAUAGCCUGGAGGGCUGGACCUGGAAAGGAGGGAGUGGGCCAGUUGGGGGUUAUUAUGAGCAGGGAUGGGCCCAUUGAUCAUCUGUUUACAUCAGCUUUCCAAGACCUUAUAAAUCAGCCCUGAAGAGUGGCAGACCCAAGAUUCAGGCUCUCACCAGUGGGACUUGUAUUAGAUUAUUCUCAUUUUCACACUCAGAUGAAAAGUGAGCCAUUGAUUAUUCAUUGGCUGCCCAUUAAAUGCUGUUUUUAUAGAUGAUUUGCCUAUCACAGAAGGUAAUGAACAAGGUUGCUGCUUCAUAACUGAGGUCUCAGUUUUCAAGGCAUCUGUGUCAUUAAGUAAUGCCUAACCCUAUUAAAAGGAAUGGGUUACAAAUUGCUUAACAGUGCUGAAAAACUAGACCCUAAUGACUAAUUGUGCCUGGAGUUUAGAGAGGGUUUGUCAGCUCUUUAAACUAAACGGAUGCAGUGAUACUGCAAUUAUUUACUGGUUUGAACUGUUUUCCCCACACCCUGGACAUAUUUGGCUAGAAGCAUAACUGCAUGGAGAGUGUCCGUUCCAACUGCAGAAGUGAUCUUCUCAAGCUUCCAUAGAGAACCCGCACCUGGUGGGACUAGCCAUUUGUGUGCCGGAACCGGACGGAGAGAGACAUCUUACAUGCCUCUCACCUGGAAGUGUGUUGGUUAUGGCCUGUCAUGUGACUAGAGAUCUUCCAUGGUUUGUGAACAGACUUUUCAAGGAUUAAAGUUUAUUACAUGUGAAGAGUCAUUGAAUUUAAGUUAGCCUGUUUGAGUAAGAAUUGUCAGCUUACUAGUAUUGCUUCAACUUAACACCUGAGUAAAACCCAGACUGCAUAAAUUAGGGGAGAAGAAUUACCCAAGUAUAUUUAAACUAAAAGCUUAAGAAGAGACCAGCAGUAGCAGUGGUCAGACUGCUAAUCACUACUGAUUAGCAGUAGGUGAGAGUGAACUGCAUAGGAACUUAGAGAUAACAUUUGUAUAUGAUUUUUUUCUAUUUAACUACUAUUCAUGCUAAAUGCUUACAUUCAAAACCAAUAGAUCAGCAUUCAUUUGGGUAUAUGAAAAGACAAAUGGCUGAGCUCAAAUUAGGUGAGUGUAAAAUUGAGGGACACGAUGAAUUCUUUUAGAACUUUAGGGGCACUUGAUGCAGAAUCCUCUCUGCAUAGACUGUCCUUAAAAGCACUGGCACCUUGUGCUUGCGAAGACAGUACCUGUGGCUUCACUGUCCCUGGGUGGGUGCUGGGUAGCGUGUUGAUAAGUUACACUGCGAUUCUAGUCUCCUGUCUAAAUGCAGUGCAUAGCAGAGUUGGAGCAGUUAGGCUUGGGUGUCUCUUUCCCAGCCUUGACUAACAAUGCAGAGUUCUAAAUAGAAUGCAGAGAGGUUCUAAAUAUGGUUUUCUUUCUCUUCUUCCUUUCUUUUUAUUUCAUCUAUUUUUGUAUUCAUUUGUUUGUUUGUUUGUUUGUUUGUUUGCUAGCAUACCAUUUAACUAGAAGGUGUGAAGCGCUGUCAAGAGCUAUAAGAAUCAUACUUCAGUAGGGUUGUAAGCGAAAAGAACAUUCAUCCUUUUCCUCAGUCAGUCAGUCAAUCAAUGAAAAUUGCUUUUGUAUAGUGCUCUUCAUGACAUGCAUCCCAAAGUGAAUUACAGCGAAAGGAAGAUCAUCUGCUCUUUUUUUUUCAUCUCCGUAUUUAGACUGAAAUGAUAUCGCUCAACAUUUUGACAUACUAUUCAAGACAUCUUUCAUACUUAAGAAUCCAUUCCUUAAUACUGAGUAGGAGAAAGUGCCGACACAUGUUUAACUGGUGUGGAGGCUUUGGCCUGUGGACUUGUUUAGCAAGUGUCUAAGGACAGAUAACAUUGAGACAAAUAAAAUACACUCAUGUUUCUUAUUUAACUCUUUAAAAAGUAAUUAGCUAUAUUUUCUAAUACUAAUGAAAGUAUUUCUCAUGAUCCUUAAACUUCAGAAAGGUGCCCUCCACUUAACGAGCUAGUUUUGGCUGGAGUUUUAACUUCUUUCCUGAAAACGUGGAAGUAGACUGAAACAGGAACAUCCAUAACUUGGCAGAGUCAAGAAUAGUUACUUAGAUUUUUGUGGCAGUUGCACUCAUAGAUGUUACCUUAGUCCUUUUCAUAGAAAUUUAUGCAUAUACUAUGUAUUCUUUUUAGGAAAAGAACAAUACUAGCAAAAUGUAAGACCCGUGCAAAGCCCAUGUGAGGACACUGCCUUCAGUUCCUUGUGUAUAGUUUCUGACAUCAUCAUCAAGUACCUCUGUGAGAGUUUUAGCAUCAGCGUUUCACAGAUGUAGGAACUGAAGUAGAAAAGUCAAGUAUAUUUCCCAUGGUUACAUUCUGCAACUGAAGGACUACACCAUUCAGCCUUCCUUUGUGUCUUCAUUCUGCACUCUUUGUAGAUAUUAGUUAUCCCUCACAAUGGCUUUCAUUAUGACAUUUUUGUACAGGUCUAUAAUGCAUGUUUAUCAUGUGCCCACAAUCACACUCUCUUUUUCCUCUUUCAUACCCACGUUCCCCUUUCUGAAGAACUAAGAUGUUACCAGAGGUCUCUCUAACCCCAGGGUUGAUGGACUUACCCACAAAUAUCUGCUCCCUCAGCUGGUGGCCCCUCGUCUAUCAUACUGUGUUUUGAACACUGUAAGUCGAAUUGGGUCAUCACAAGGUAGAAUGAUUUAGAGUGGUCAUCCUUUUAGAAAACAAAGCAUUAGGUGUGCAUCUAGGUGUUUGUGUGUUUGCACAUGAAUGCAGUGCCUGUAGAGGCCCGAAGAGUGCACUGGGUUCCCUGGGCCUAACAUGGGUGCUGGGAACAGAACUUGGGUUCUCUGCAAGAGCAGCAAGGGCUCUGAACCAUCAAACCAUCUCUCUGUAACCCAACUAUGUACUGCAGUUGGGACAAAGUAGACGGACAAUAGCCCAAAGAGGUAGGUAGUGUGCAAGGACAAGGGAGUUUUUCAACCAGCUGGUGGGGAAAAAACAAGGCUCAGUGGCCCCAGUCUCAUCUCUGAGACAGAGCUGAGCUUCCUCUCCCUUAUUAUUGUAUACCCAAUGCCUUCACCAAUUCUGUAGGUAGGUGAGGAGGGUGUAAAACUUAGCACAUGUUUCCUGAAGAAAUGAGUCAGGUAGUGUGACUGCCUAGGGGUGAGUGGUGAUCUUUAUGACUUUACCUAUAAUAUCUUCGAGGUUAUUUUUGAAGUUUCUUUUCUUUCCUUAAUCUUUUCUAUUUUUUAAAGAUUUAUUUUUUAUUAUUAUACAUAAGGAAGAGAGCAUCAGAUCUCAUUACAGAUGGUUGUGAACCACCAUGUGGUUGCUGGGAUUUGAACUCAGGACCCUUGGAAGGGCAGUCAUUACAUCUCCAAAAAACUAGCUAGCCAUUGCCUUCCCAGACACAUUGGAAUUUGUCCUAAAACAAUGCAGAGAUUUGUGUCUCUUAGUAUUGACCACUGACUACUAAUUAAAAACAAAACAAUGAAGAGAGAAAAAAACAUCAGAACAGUCAGUGGGCCCUGUGUGUGAGUGUGGGUCUCAGUUUCUUAUCUGUACAGUCUGGGACUAUAAGAACAGGGAGACCUGAGCCUUCCAGUGUGGAGUGCACAGUGUGGACUGUGCCUCGCAGCUCAGUCCCGGAGCACUGCCUUAGAUGGCGUUGUAAUCUGAUUUUUUUUUCAUAAUUUUUGAGCACUUUUGAUUUAUUCUUUUUUAAUAUAGUUAUUUUUGGUUUUCCUUAUCCUAUUUUGCUUUUUUAUUACCAGGUUUGUUUGAGACAAAAAUCAACAGUGUUCUCUAUCUGUGAGAGGAAAGAAAGGGAGAGAGAGGAAGGGAGGGGAGAGAGAGAGAUCUAACUACUAAGAAUAAAGUUAAAAUGCAUAAGAAGGCCAGGACUAAGCCAAAACAUCUAGGUAACAACAAGGCAAUAAAAGUCUAAGAAAGAGGGAAGCUGGAGAAAUGGCUAAGAGUUUAAGAGCACUGGCUGCACUUAAGUCCUAGCACCUACAUGGCAGCUCACAACAGUCUGUAACUCCAGGUCCGAAGGAUCUCCUGGCCUCUGUGGACAUUGCACUUACAUGGUACACAGAAAUAUAUACAGGCAAAACACCUGUAUAAUAAAAUAAUUGUUUAAAUCCAAGAGGGAAUAAACCUUUAACGAAUGAAGGACUCUGGCUAGAGAGAAGGCUCAGUCAAUAAAGAGCGUGUCUCGCCUCAUGCUUGCAACCACAGCACUGGACAAAGCCAGGGCCCCGGGGUUUAAUUCCUAGCCAGCCUAGCCUAUUUGGCUGGUUUCAAGCCAAUGAGAGACCCUAUCUCAAAAAGGCAGGCUGUUUAACACCUCGAUAAUUAACAACCAAGGUUGACCUCUGACUUUUGCACACACAUGCAGACAUACACACACACACACACACAAAGAAAACAUUUCGAGUAUUGCCACCAAAGACAAGUUGGUAAAGUCCAUGUUUUAAUUUUCAAAAAUAGAAAUGUCGGGACCUAUGAGACGGUUCAGGGGUAAGGGUACUUACCACUAUGGCUGAUCCCAGGGAUUCACGUGCUGGAAGAACAGACUUCUACAUGUUGUCCUCUCGUCUUCACGCAUGUGCGAUGGUGUGUGAGUGUGCACAGAUCAAUGGAUGAUAUAGAAUUAUCUGUUCCUUUAGAACAAGUCAUGUUUUCUUUUAGAAAAAUAGCUAUUGUCUUAAUCUUUUUCUUAAGUAUGUCUGCUACUUUGAUUUUGGUUGUUAGGCAUACUUGUUGAGUAACUAUUUAAGCUGUAAUAUAGAUGUCAUCAUAUUAAUGUAACUAUAACAGUCACUUUUAUGGCCUCUCAAAGAUCUCGUACAUCUUGACACUUGCCCAGGCCUCCGCACAGUCUCAUUCUUUACAGUGGCCCGUGGGCAUCUAUAAAAGAAAUACCCAAAAUAUUAAUUUUCCAAAUCACAGUCUAUGGGCAUCAUUUUUAACUGUAAGUCUAUAAUUGUUGUACACUACCAAAUAAUAAUUUGAAUAAGCCAAAUGGCAAUGCCAAGAUUCUACCUCAAUAUAAAAUAGCCCUUCUGAAACUGCAGGGAAAACGUCAGGUCUACAUGUGGGUCAGGGAAGGAAGAAGCACUGCCAAUAUUGUUCAAGUUAACAGAGGAGAGAGGGCUCCCACCCCAUGAGGAUGUGUGUUCUCACCUCUAAGCACAGUGGAAGGAUGCAAUCCAUUGAUAGCGUAACUUGCCUUAUUAAUUGAAAGGAAUGGAAUCCACCAGAUGUAGCCCAAGCCAGUAGAGAGUUGGGUGACUAAGCAACAGCAAAGAGACCAUAUUGAGCGAGCCAGAAUCCAGUCUCCAAGUCAUUUAUUUCAGCCAGUGACAGUACAUUUAAACUCCUGUGCCUCCGCAGUGAUUGAUGGUUUAAUAUCAUAUAUAAUUUUUUUAAUGAAGGAAAACCAUUUAAAUAUGUUACCAUUUGCACUGGUAUUCUCCUAUGUACAUAACUGCAUUUAAUCAUUAUGGGGAUUGUUUUUAUACUUGUGUAAUUUGUAUCCACGAAAUAACUGUCAAAAUCAUCUCAUGCUGUUGCUGGAAAUGGUACAGUGUGCUUCAUACGCGAAUAGAUCCAUUCUCCCCGCACAUAAUUAAGAGUGUUGGAGCUUGCACCGCCACCACGUAGGAAUUCCGUGUUUACAUUUCAGAGAAUGAAAAAUAAGCCAUGGUGGUUUUGCAGGUUCUUGUUUUCUGAGGAAAUAAUAUUUAAGUGCCUUAGUUUUGUACCAGUAUAUGAUUUGAAGAGUCUGAUUUUAAGACUUUUAAUAUUAAAAUACAUAAUAAAAUUUUAUUAUCUAAUUACAAGAGGGUUUAGCCUCUUAUUAAAGUUGCUAAAUCAGGCCUAUAUUAGCAUUAUAAUGGCACAGUUUGACAUGGAAUACUCAAAAGUCAAGUUCAAACGGGAGGGGUCUCUUACCCCUACCCCUCACACCAAAUAACAAGGAUGAAAUGCAUGUAUGGAAGCAAACAAGGAGCAAUUUGGGAUGCUAGAGAAGGAGUGGAGGUGUCAGCCCAGGAUGGUACCCUUAGGCAAGGCAGCUGGUCUAUGUAGCCUUUUGUUUAUCUGCUACUGGUUUAUGUAGCCUUUAGGCCGGCACCAGAAACAAUCGCUCCUACAGGGUCAGCUGCUGGUCAGAAGCAAAGUAAGAAAAGAUUUUGCUUCCAAACACAGCAGCCAUAAUUUCUGUACAGCUGGCACCUGCUACUGGUGCACAGCAUGAAGGUGAAAGGUCAAAGAGGCAGUUGUUCAAAACUCAAGAAUGGCUUAAAGGGACUUGUAGAUUAAUCUGCUUUAUUAACUUCUGUAUAUUAGAUAACUAUUGCUGUGAAUGACAGUACAUCUUUUUGAAUAAGUCACAUCUCUUUCUCUUUUAAAUUAGCUUUUGAGUAAUGAAUAUUAAAUAGAAAGCAUUUCAGAAGUAAUUAAAUGAAAAUAGAAUGAUGUCAUUUUACAGUUUUGUUUGUGUGUUUAUAGAAUAGGAGAAUUAUGCUUUCCAAGAAUCCUUAAAAGGAGAAAAGGGGAAGGAAAGGGAUAGGAAGGAAGGAAAACAGGCAGCUCUUCAUAAAGAAGAAAUUGGAAUAAACAAGCCAGCCAUUAGCCUUUGUCUUUAAACUGAGAAAAGAUAAUGUCUCUUGUGCCUUAGCAUGGAAUCGCUGGGUGCCAGUGGCUGGCUUUGACAUUCCCAGGGGCUCCGAAUGCUUUCUUUAUGAAUUAAAGUGACUGCAAUCUGUCAUCAUUCUUUUAUCUACAGUUUAGCACAGUCAGUUCUGCGACCAGUCUGCAGCAAAUGUUCUCAGAAUAGUGAAGGGGUUGUGCGAAGUGGAAGCAGACGCUCCUUUUCCUCCACACUCAUAUAAGGCAGAGAGUGAGUAUUUUGUGAAGGGAAAAUGCACAGCUUUAUACACACUUAGACCGAUGAUAAUUAGGCAUGCUCUGUAAUAGCCUCUUCCCCCAUUCUGGCAAGUAAGAUGGUUUUUAGCCUCUUCAUUGAUAGUGAUGAGUGUAAUUGACUAUCUAUGUAAAUUAAAAAAUAGAAAGAACUCAGUGACUGUAUCCUUUUUUAAAACCUCUGCAAAAAAUCAGUCACUAUAGAGAUUUUCCAUAGGUUAAGUGCUGACACAAAGUCUGGCAAGGUUUUAAACAAACUCUUCAAACAGGAUGGCUUUGUCUGUUGACUGACAGUGAUUUUUCAUCCUCGUUGUUUGUUUUUAAGGUUUCUCGUAAAAUAAAAGCACUGUAGAGGACAUGUGGGUUUCAUGGUAAGAGCAGCAUUCAUACAUAUUUCACAAAGAAAACUACAUAAAGUCUUUAUGCAAGUGUAAGCUCCCGCUCUGAGCAGUACUUCUCUGAAAUACAGAGGUUACACCUAACAUCAUCUUACUACUCCCCCACACACACAUACACACACACCCCGUCCAUCACCCACAGUAGAGCCAUGCAGCUUCUGCUUGAAGAUCUGACUGACCCUGUUACCACCCUGCAGAGCCCUGUGUUCUGGGCUUGCUGGGACCUAAACCGUCACUGUGGAAGGAGUGUCUCUGACCAUUAGAAAAAUGUGCUAAGGAAUAAGCACAGUGUAAAUGUGGUAGAAACAAUGCCAGUCUGUGCUGAGUGUGAGGCAGACACACACAAGUGCUGGGUAUGUAUGGGAUUCAAAUGUGUGCUUGCACAUGAUUCUACUUAACCCUCUUAACUCUGAAGUACUCGUAUAACCAUUUAAUAGUCUAAAGAAGUCAGCCUGGUCUACAGAGUGAGUUCCAGGACAGCCAGGGCUAUACAGAGAAACCCUGUCUCGAAAAAAAACAAAAAACAAAAAAAAAGAAGAAAUCAGUGCAGACUUAGACGCAGCGGAGCUUGUACUCUUCGGGCUGAGCUGAGGAGUCCUUCCCCCUUUGAGGGUGCAUGGUUCAAGACAGGGUUUCUCUGUGUAGCCCUGGCUGUCCUGGAGCUCACUCUGUAGGCCAGGCUGGCCUCGAACUCAGAGAUCCACCUGCUUCCACUUCUUGAGGGCUAGGACUAAAGAUGUGUACCAUAAGCUGUUGACACUUGACCCAACCUGAGUUGAUUUGUUGAUUUGUUUGCAUUGCUAGGAUCAAACCCGGAGGAGCCUCAUACAUGCUAGGCAGCCUCCCUGCUGCUGAGCGGCAUCCCCUGCUGCUAGGCAGCCUCCCUGCUGCUGAGCGGCAGCCCCUGCUCUUCCUUCAGAGUUAGAAGCUGGCACUUGGAUGAUGGUCAACCUUCAAGUCUCACAUAAGCUGAGCAUUAAAUACUCAGAAGGCAAAGCACCCAAUCCUUGUCGUAAGCUUAGAGAGGCAGCUGGUCUACAAGGAGAGGAGGAGGCAGGUGCCCUAAGAGGUUCUCAAAGGAAAGACCAGACAGCUGUGGUGGGAGGACAAAGAUGAAGAAGAAUCCCAGGGGACUCCUUGUCUUGUCUAGAGAGCCCUGGCUUUUUUGCCUAGUCAGGAAACAACACAUUGUAGACCUAAGAUCCUCACAUGUUAAAGUUUCUUGACUUAAACAGAGAGCUCUGAGGACCCACUAAGCAAAUGAAUAUAGACUCACUUAACACAAGAUAGUCAACAGAGAAUGUGACUUCACGUUUGAGGCAUGGCUACCACUAACCUAGGUUUGCCCUUGAGAAAUCACGUGCUAUUUAGAAACAUAGUCUUCCAAUGCGCGUCUCAGCCUAAGACUUCUCUUAUAAGAGCAUGUAAUUUGAAGUCUGUAACAUCAGGUGGAUUGAUCAAGGCCUGCAGGCAUGUUGUCUGUGUGCUUUGCCCUUUGAGAGUUUUUUCUGUGAUACGCAUUCUCAAAGUCACAUUCACUGGACUGAGGAGAAGGAAAUAAGAUGGAUGAAAAUAGAUGCCAUGGGCUGGAGAGAUGGCUCAGCGGGUAAGAGCACUGACUGUUCUCCCAAAGGUCCUGAGUUCAAUUCCCAGCAACCACAUGGUGGCUCACAUGAUGCCCUCUUCUGGUGUUCUGAAGACAGCUACAGUGUACUUAUAAUAAUAAAUAAAAUCUUUGAGCUACAGUGUACUCACAUACAUAAAAUAAAUACUAAAAAGAAAAGAAAAGAAAUACCAUAACUCUACUCACUAAGAUAGUACCAUCAUACCUGAAAUCUACUGUAACUCUCAUAACAGCAGUAAUGAGCGUGGAUUCUUUAAACAUAAAAAUGUCCAUGCAUCAACCAGGUGGCGGUGGUGCACACCUUUAAUGCCAACACUUGGGAGGCAGAUACUGGUGGAUCUCUGAGUUCAUGGCCAGCCUGUUCUACAGAGUGAGUUCCAGGACAGGCAGGACUAUUAAACAGAGAAACCUUCUCUCAAAAUAACAAAAAAGAAAAAAGAAAAGUUGGGGGAGGAUUGGUACAUCAAGAGUAGACUAGUGGGGGCUGGAGAGAUGGCUCAGUGGUUUAGAGAACUGACCACUCUUCUUAGAGGUCCUGAGUUCAAUUCCCAGCAACCACAUGGUGGCUCACAACCAUCUGUAAUGGGAUCAGUGCCUUCUUGUGUGUCUGAAGACAGCCACAGUGUACUCACAUAUAUAAAAUAAAUCUAAAAAAGCAAAACGACAACAAAAAAGGGUGAACUAGUGGAGGAAAUGUGCAGAGACUCAGAGUUGAAAUAACUUGUUCAAAGUUGCACAGCCAGUGGUAGUGCUGCCGGACACCGUAGUCUGAUAUAUGUGUCCCACACGGGUUCUUGUGAUUAGAAACUACAUUCCCAGAGUGGCAAUAUUGAAAGAAAGGGAGAGAUUACCAAAAAAGCCUGGUCCUCCCACCCUGUUUUCUGGCUUGAGAUGUGCUUCCCUCCUCUGUGUGUGCCUACUAAGUGGUACCAUUAAACAUCAGGUUCUCACCAGAGGCAAACCAGUAGAAUCCAGUAUAGGACUGAAAACCUGCAAAACUGUAAGCUAAAUAAGCCCCUUCAAAGUAGAUCUCAGACUAAUGGUCUAAAUAAGAGCUAGGAUUGCUGGCCCCUAGAUCUCACCCAGUUUGACCAGUCACGAGCUUCUUGGGUUAUGUAGUGAUUGCUGGUUUUCAGAUACUUGCAGGGUUUUCUGUGACUCCUGAAGCACAUCCCUAUGGUAAGGAUGUGAAGCUAACUUUCCUACACAUUUGCCUGUUAACUCUGAGGCAGUUCAACCAGCAGCAAGCCUUGUUUGUCUGCAGGCUGGUCACCUGUCAUUGCUUAAGCAUGCCCCAUGUACUCGUGCAAACAACCAUCAGAACCCAGGGGCCCAUGAGUUCCGUAUGCCUUGUCAUGCUUGUGGGAUCUACCAUACGGGCGUGGGCUCCUGAAAUUCCAUCUUCAUUUAAAGCCUUUUCUUUGAAAAUGCUCUACUUAGUAAAGACUUACAUGCUGUGUGUCCUGUAGGAUCACACCAUCCUACAGAGGAGGACCUCUAGCAUAGCUGAAUUUGCUUCUGGGAUCAGUUAGCUAAGCCACUCAUGGCCUAGACACCCCAAGACUCAAGUCUUAGAGUCUCUCAUUCCAUUGUUCCCUCGCCGUCCUCCAUCACAUUGGGACCAGAGAUAAGUAAACACCUCCGUAUAUACUUCCUGGUGGUCCUGUGAGCCAGGAAUGUAAAAUAAUACACCACCAUGAAAGAUAGCAAUAGAAAGUGCCAGACUUGAAGAAAGGUGGCUUGGGCGACCAUAAGGAACACCAAAAGCAAGAGCUCUCUGUUAAUGCCCAUACUUAAUGUGGCCUCUCAGUUCAGAUGGAACACAGUGGCUCCACUCAGCAGCAAUUAGAGAUAAGUGCAUUCAGGAUGAUUUUUCCAAGAUUAGAAGGAACAGCUUGAUGGUUGGACAAUAAGAGAUUAAUAAAUACAUGAGCUCCUUAAGGCCUGUUAUGGUGACUCUGAAAUGGCCUCCACAGGGUCAUGUGCUUACUGCUUAUUCCCAGAUGGCAGCAUUAUUUUAGGGGUUCUAAGACAUUUAGCAGGUAAGACCUAGCUGCAGGAAAUAGGUCACAAGCAGUCCUUGGAUAUGUCUUAAUGCCUGGCCCAUCCCUGUCUCUCUGUUUCCUGACCACCGUGAGAUAGAAACCCCCUGAACCAUGUGGUGUUCUGCCCAGGGCCUCAAGCCAAGAUGCCAUCAACUGAGCCCCCUGGCCAUGAGCCGAAAUAAGUCAUUGUUCCUUUGUUUGUGUUAGAGCAGUUUGGUCACAGUGAUAGAAAGCUAACUAAUGUAAGACCCAGUUUUAUUCAGAUCUAUACCAGAAGUAGUCAACCCAUAAUAAGAGGCCAGUGAUUCUUUGAACAGUGACUAAGUGUGAGAAACAAAAAGGAAGGGGAAAGAAGGAAAAUCCUGCAGAACAAUACCUGUAUACAGCAGGCGUUCCAUGUGUAUACAGCAGGUGCUCUGUGCGUGCUAUAGAGCUUGUGGUUAAAUAGUGGUGACAUGUGCAGGUGAUAGCUUUGUAGAGACGAAGGAGCCAUCAUCCCCACAGAGGCCCAGCCUGUUUUAGAAACUGUGGAAGUUCCAUUCCAGGUGCAUAAUGUGCUCUUACCCCACAGAGGAAGAAAGCCUUCCCUCCCCACUCUACACUGCUCUCCUGGGCUCCCCUGCAUUAGAGAGAGGCAGGAGACAAAUUGACAGAAAUCUGGAGGGAAGUAACUCAAGUGAUUUAGGAGAAUGGAAGGGCUGGCUUAUGGGGCCAGAUUAAAGAAGCUAAAUAUGUAUAGCUUGCCUAAGUGACAACUAAAUGGGGCAUUUGAUAAGUCUAUAAAUACUUGGAAGAUGUAAAUGCCAGGAGGAAAGGGAAUUACUUAGCAUGGCACAAUGGAGUAUUGGCAUAAUGGGAUAAUAUUAAGAAAGGCAAGAUGAAGGUUGAACAUCAAUAAAAAGCUUCCUGACAAGAAGAACCAUUCCUGACAAGGGACACUAUUAGGUUAUGUGCUGUGGGCCAAGGGAAAUAAUGUCAGUGCCCUUCCUCAGUGUGCUGGCAGCAGAGCCAGCAAGGUAGCAGGUGAUGAGCGUGUCCUAACUGGGGCACAGCAGCCAAGCAAGUGACCUUCUGCCUGUGGCCUCCCCAUCUGAGAAUAGGAGGAAACUGCUGCUGCUUGGGAGAAAUGAGAUAGCCCAGAUGUCCCACAGGCUGAGAACCCAUAGAGGAAUGGUUGUCAGUGGUUCAUACUGUACCACAGCCAGAGAGAUUACCGUUGUCUUGUAAUGACAUUCAUUUCCUACAGAAUAGAAAGCUACUUUCUCUUGCAAACAUCACUAGACCUUUGACAAGAUGCAACCCCUGCCUACGUGAGCAGCCUCCCCUACACUCCCUGCACAGUCCUGCAGGCAGCCCCUAUUGCCCAACACUGCUGUGCACAUUUGUACUCACACCCCUCUCUCCCGACAGGUCAAACUGCUCCUUCUCUAUAGCAGAUCAAAUGCCCCCUCUCUAAGCCUCCCUUGCCUGCCCCACCCAGGCCCUGGCACAGUUGGGGAUCCUCUGGCCUCUCAAAGCCUCCAGUGUGGGCUUGUUUGCAGCAUUUAGUGUACUGCACUGUGAAUCUUCUCCUCACUUGGCUGUAAGCUCUUUUAGAACUGACACUGCCUUGCUCACCUCUGUCCCCAGGACCUGGGUCAGAGCCUGGUCAAGGUAUGUAUCAGCAAAUGUGAAGUAAACCAAGGAAGCAGGCUCAGCACUCUUGGUUUCUCUCAUGCAUUGGGCCCAUGCAUUUGCUGGGGGAGAAAGAACUUGCAUCUCUUAACAUCUUUGAGCAUUCUCCCCAUGUCUUGGCCAGUCCAUUCCAUAUUAUCAGACAACUGUAAAUAAAUCCCUCCUAGCUCAUGUCCUACUUAGGCAGCCAUGUUGCACAUGAAUGUAGCUUCCUUAACAUUUCUAGGAGAUGCAGGAUGACAGCAGUAGACACGCUAACAUGAAAAGUGAAAUCUUACAGGGACCCAACAGUAAACAAAGACCUACAAGCAAGUAAGGGAUGCCGAGAGCAGAUGAGAUAGUGUCCCUCGGGGAACAUACCCACCCCCGCUGGUUACCACCAAGUAUUCAGCUCUGAAGUCAUUUACACAGAGGUAGCAGUAUAGUCCUGAGCAGGUUGUUUUCAUAUAUGUAGGUAGCGGAGUGUAUGUGUCUGUGUGAAUUUGAGACUUAGCAAAGGGGAGGCAGCAUGGAGCAAGAAGGGGGAUGAGUGAAGGGAAAGGCAGGGGAGUUACAUAAUUGUAUUUUGAUGUGAAAAUAACAAUAAUGAGGGGACUCAUUUCUGAAAAAGCAGAGUGCCCCCACUGUGAAUGCUAGGCUAUGUACAUACUGUACAUGCAUGCACAGUGGAAAUGCUAGGCUUAACUCUUAAUGAAAAAUGCUUUUGAGGUGGCCCAUGAGUUGUCCACAAAAACACAUUUUUCCCAUAGGAAAACAUUUUUAAAUUAAGUAACAUAAUCCUUCACUAGUAACUGGAAAUCUUUGGGGCCAUCUAACCAAAUCUCUUCAGGAAACAGGAAGACUGUCCCGUCGGAUGAGCAAUGAGAUGGUGAGCCUCCUUCUAUGGGAAUGACAGAUGUGUGAUGAACUAGCACUCGCUGCCUUGAUAACUACCAGGACGGCCCUCGUGCCAUUCUGUUUAUAUUGUUGUGUUGUGACAUAUGAUACUCACUGGGCAGUGUUGUGGUGACAUCAGGAAGUAGCCUGUUUUUCUCACUCCUUUUGACCUUGAGUGGCCUGCGCCAGCACUGAAGUCAUUGUGGCCCUGCGUGCCUGUGCGGUUGGCUGAGCUUCAAUGCUGCUGGUUCCAUUGGUGAUCUGUAUGGAUGAUCCAAGGCAGGGAGUGGCUGUCAUUACUGAGUGCUGUUCCUCAGGCCACAUGCACAGAAGAUAGAGAAAUGUGAUCCUGCUCAAAUUAGAUAUUAGCCCCGAACACCUGCACAAGAAGCGGCAUUUCAGCUGUCUGGCUGCUGCUCUCUAUUAUAGAGUCUUGAAUCUGGGCAUCUGUUCUUGAUGUUCUGAAUCUAUCUGUGGUUUCAGGUUCCAGUUUUCUUUCUCAGAACAUGAGUUGAGGAUCCUGACCAUUCUGGCUGCUGAUGCAGUCUUGUUCAUCUUUACUGUCUUGUCAGUGAGCUCUCACAGGACAAGCUAGGAGCCUGGCCUCUGCAGUUUCUCCACAGCAAGGUUAGGUCCUGCUCUGUAUGGCAGACCCCAGCUGAUAACUACUCUCCAUGUGCUGGCCCAAAUGCCCAUCUGCAUUUAGCAUGCAUAAAAGAUCUUACGUAGCCUGGCCCUGGUGAGGAUCUGCUCCUCACCCUAGCUCUGCCUUGUGCCACCCCUUCCAUACAAGGCUGCUCAUCCUUCAAACAUGCUAAGCACUCAGUGCCCUGGAUGCAGCUGUGUGCCGCUGUCCGUGCUCAGCCGCACCUGUCCAGUGCAGCAGGCUGGCCUCUGUAGGCACUCAGCACACGAGUCUUCACUAGGCUCCCACGCUGCUAUUGGUGCCUUUGAUCAGAGGCUGCUGUAGGACAUUAGGAGUUCUCAGAUAUCGGUCCAUGUUAGUCAUUUAGAUCCUACUAUGAGCUAGACAUGUAUCACUUGAAGGCAAACUAGGGGGAGUGACGUUACAGAGCACACAGCUCUUCUUGACAUUCCUGUCUACAGGAAAUGCAGAUGGUGGUUUUGACUGGGAAGGCUUAAUUUUAACAUGACGUUGAAUCAAAUGCUGUUUGGUGCUGGCAAGG